UACGAAACUCAAUUUUUUUGAUGAAACUGUACCCGAUGAUGAUGAUAUUGAAGACUUGGAUCCCGACGUAAAAGCUCUGUUACAGCAAUCAACUCCAGAAAUCGAGCCGCAAAAGAUAACAAUUAGACUACAAUAUACACAUGAUUUCAAAAAUCUUAGUGACAGAGCCAAAAUGGUCAUAGACAAGUUAAUGAAACCUAUCAAAAUCAUUGUUAUGGAUAAUACACAAUUUCGAGUAAUACUGGACAACUUUUGUCUUAGAAAAAAAUUGAAAAAGGAUGAACUGGUUCUUGUAUAUAACGAUGAUGUUGUCUUCUUAAGCGCCACACCAGGUGGUAUCGGUAUGGAUACAAUCGGUACUAAUCAAAUGAAGGUCUAUCCUAAAACCUGUUACGACAGUAUGAUGAAGGAAAAGGAAGAAAAGAAAUUAGAAAGACUACCAGCAGAAACUGAAGAAGUGAAUGAACAAAAGAUUCGUUUACAAUUACGCGAUAAAGAAAACAAGUGUUUUCCUGUAACAAUUUCCCUUUCAAAGAAACUGGAAGCGUUGAUUCAGUUUUAUAAAAAGCAAACAGGCUGCUCCACAAACGUUAACCUAUCAUUGGAUGGUGAAAUUAUGGAUUCCUCUAUGAUGAUCAAUGAAACCGACUUAGAAGACGAAGAUAUGAUUGAUGUAGUCCAAGCAUAAUACCUUCUCAACAUAUUCAUCUAAUAUUGUUUCCUUUUUAAUGUAUAAUAUAUUUGACGAUACUUGGAAUGUUCGGCGGCGCACAUUUGGAAUAUGCUAUUCCCUUGUUCAAGUACAUUUGUAUAAAGCUCUAUUUCUACCUACAUACCACAGCAUAUUAAGACACUGCUACUAUUAAUUACCACUUUAAUAUUGAAAAUCUAAAAUAAAAGCAUUCUUUUCAGACUUCCAUUGGAGCCGUUUGAUU